AUGAUUGAAGUAACGACCCAAACCUCACCCACCAUCCACUCUGACACACACUCGUGGCCAAAGCCCCACGACGUUGAAGAGAAUUGGCAUCUAAACGACUCCCGUCUCCCCCAUUCAACUCAAAAGUUGCCCUUCUCGCCCUCUUAUAUGUCUCCUCUUACCUCUAUCGAUAGUUGGCGGAUGAAUAACAGCGGCCAACUCGUUGAUGCCGCCACAGAAGAGUGGGAUCUGGCAGACGAGAUUGUCCGCCUCAAAAUCGGUCAAGAAGAGAUUCCUAUUAGGACCCCAGCAAAGUCAAAGCUUGCUUCUGCUCAACUUAGAGAAACCAGUCCGACCUUGAUUCCAAGCGUGAAUUCUUCACCGCUUACAUCCGACCAUAUCGGCGCUUCCCAUUCGCGGGGCUCCUCCACCGACUCCACUGUUUCCAGCUCGCAAGCUUCCGUGGCGAGCAACACAAUGAUUCCCCCCCAAACAGUCGAUGUCAAAGAGCGUCCACAUUCGUUCAGUGGAGGCCUGUCAACCGCUGAUCUAAGGCGUCUCCAACAAGUUGACGAUGAAACUCAUUCUCAAUGGGCGUCUGUUGGCGUGGAAAAGGCCCCAGAGCAGCCUGCCUUCCCUUCCCUCGCUCAGCGUCAACAGCCGCAAUUGUACGACUACAGAACGGGUGCUCCCCAAAACGCGCCCAAUCGCGACGACCUCCAGAUAGAUUAUAAUAUUCAACAGAGAAAUUUCAGUCCUCUUCCUCAGGCGGCCCCAUCGCAAGUCCUUCUACCUCCCCGUCCGACCAAUCUCCCGAUGACCUAUCGCCAAGCUCAUCGCGGUUUUCCUCAGCAAGGUCUGGUUCCCAGCCCGACCACAAUAGCCUACCCUCCCAUGGGCAACUCUCCCCAGUUAUACGAAAUGUUGGUUCCCGCCCAUGAACGCUUACAAGCUCAGCACAACGCUUUCCGCAAUGCUCAUCAUCACUCUGCCUCUGAUCCGUCGUCGACUUUGAGAGACGCUGCAGCCCUGGCCCUACUCAACAAUAAUAUGCAGGCUUUUGCUGGAAACAUGUUCCCCCAGCCAAUGGCGCCUCCUCCAACCGCCUUGCCGAUGUAUGCUGGCCAGUUUUAUGCGGCUCAAGAUGCUUAUGUGCGGCCCGAUGUCGUAACUGCCCAAGCUAUGGCCCGCCUUCAGGCUCAGUACACAGGGCCAUACAGCAACGUUCCGACGAUGGGGAUGACUGAGGGGAGUCUUAGUCCAGGGAGCAAUAGCGGCCAGGGUCCUAGUGCAAACAAUAGAAAGUUGGGCCUCUAUAAGACCGAGCUCUGCCGAAGCUGGGAAGAGAAAGGUUCUUGCCGAUAUGGUGGCAAGUGUCAGUUCGCCCACGGAGAAGAAGAGCUUCGCACUGUUGCGCGUCAUCCCAAGUAUAAAACGGAGAUUUGUAGGACAUUCUGGGUGUCAGGAUCCUGCCCAUAUGGCAAGAGAUGCUGUUUCAUUCACACCGAACUGCCUCCUUCUGGGGCUCCAGGCGAUGCUGUUCCACCCCCUCCUCAUUCUUCUGAUGGUCGGGCCAGAUCGAUGAGCACUAAUAGUGAUCCAAAUGACGCCUCGGUCUCGUUAUUGGCUAGAAUCGCCAAACGCGAACCGGCCACCAGUUCGACUUCGUCGACGGCAACCCCAACAGAAACUACGCCCAGUGCUAGUAGCGGAUUUGCCUUCACCCGUCCCCCAACUGGAUCCCUUCGUGUUGACACGAGUUCGAUUGACUCGAGUGCCUCGUUGAAGCAAAACAAGUCGGCAUAUCCAACAUUCACCGGCAAUGGCGUUCUCAUCCACCCACCCGAUCGAUUCUCGUCCAAGUCACCGGCUCCGGUGACUGCAGGACCAGAUCUCGGCCGCCACAACAACUCGAGGCUUGAAAUUGUCGGCUAUAACAAUCAGCGGAACAUUAAGGCGCCCACACCGUCAAACGCCAAUGUGCGCUCGCUGAAUGGCUCGGAGAAUGAUGUCACCUUCAGCCCAUCUCCGCCCGCACGAGCCAAUGGCCAUGUCAGAGCCGGAAGCGCUGGGAACUGGGGUAGCUUCUCGCGAACGAGUCAUCUUGCGACUGGGUACAGUCAGGCGAGUCCUUCGACUGAAGCCCCGGCCAAUUCGCCCUGGUCAACCACCGAACUCGCCGUGGGUUCUUCGCGACUCAAUGACAAGGCUUGGGCUUGA